GUCGCUUACGGCUCGAGAGAACCCCAAACACAACGAUAAUAGUCAGUACAAGUCGAGCCGCUCUUUUUUGUAGCUGGCAAACGAAUAUAAACAGAUUUGUUUCGCAGGAUAGCCUGAAACAUGGCGCGCGUCUUUGGUUUUUACUGCAUUGCAUAUUCGUUGUUUUUCUUGGCAAAACCUACUGGAAACACAAUGGCUGCUAGUCUUAACAAUACAAAAAGUUGGGCGCAGCAGAUCGGGAAUAACAUAACGCAACUGUUCCAAGAUGUGACCAAAUACAACGAAAUAAAAAAGAAAUACAGUCCAACAAAUCUCACACUUAAAGAAAGAGAUGGUCCGAAGGUUGCCGAAAAGAUGAAAGAACAGCUUGAGUCUGUUCUACAAAGCAGAAUUCAGACAGUCAAGACAUUGGCUAAGAAAGCUGAAGAACUCAGAAAAAAUUAUACGUAUGAAAAAGGCCUUUCCAGUUUUCAGUAUUAUGACAGUAAAUACCUACUAGGAGAAAACCACCUGGACUUGGUGAACGUACCUUCAUUUGCUGAUAAACUAAUUAAUUUAACCUAUAGUACUGUGCACAUACCUACAGAUGUAUAUAAUGGAAGCGAAGUCAUACUCAAUUCAGCAAAAUGGACUCAACCAAUGAACAAAUUCUUUAAAGAAAACAGGGAACAGACACCAUCAUUGCUUUGGCAACUACUUGGUACCUCAAACGGCGUGUACAGAUUUUAUCCAGGUUACAAAUGGCCAAGUGAUAAUAGCAAUGACUUUUAUGAUCACCGUAGAAGAGGAUGGUACAUACAAGGAUCCAGCUCACCUAAAGAUAUGGUUAUAUUACUAGACCUGAGCGGUAGUAUGGUUGGUAAUAAACUAGCGAUUGUUAAACUGAGUGCUACUAUCUUGUUGGACACUUUACAAGAAAACGACUUCGUUAACAUUGUGACCUUCAACAAAGGAUCAAGAAUGCUUUGCGAAGAGUUAGAUGUUAUAAAAAAUUCUAAGGUAGCCAACGCAAAACCCUGCACAAAAGACCGAUUGCUACAAGCCACGAUACAGAACAAGAAGUAUUUAAAAGAAAUGGUGUCCCACGUAGAAGCUAAUGAAGUCGCAGAAGUCAGUGAAGGAUUUAAAAAAGCCAUCGAUCUUUUGAAGKCAACAAGGUCGAGUAACAGGUCAAGCACAAACUGCUUACGAACUAUUAAUUUUUUCACUGAUGGUGUGGAAGAAACUGAAGGUGGCAAGACAAUGGRCGUACUGAAUGACUAUGAAGCCAAGAAACAUGGGAUUCGUGUUUUUGGAUACUUGGUGGGACGCGAAAAGGGAAGUCCAUACAAGCCGGUCCAGAAAUUUGCCUGCGCAACCAAAGGUUAUUUUUACACCAUCGAGACCUUAUCAGACGUGAGGGAGAACGUGUCGAAUUAUUUAAACGUUCUGAGCCGUCCACUUGCACUCSAACGCACAAAACCCAACGACACCAUUCCCACUUGGACUCCAAUAUAUCUCGACCAAUUGGGACUGGGUCUAAUGAUCACRGUAGUCGCUCCCAUCUAUGAUGCCGAGAAAAAAGACAAAUUGUUGGGCGUGGUGGGUACAGAUGUCGCUCUCCCUACACUCAACGAUUCAGUCCCAUUAGCWGAAAUCGGCGUCAAUGGAUAUGGAUUUGCUAUCAACAACAACGGGUUCAUUUUGUUCCAUCCAUUGUUAAAAGAAGGGGCAGACCUCUUUCCACAGUCUUAUUCCUCUGAUGAUGACUCUGAGACUGUCGAUUCAGAGGAUCCACCGAACCUAGUUCUUUUUGAUUUCAACUUGGAACAGUACAAAGAAAAACUAGAAAAUCUGUCCAGAAAACUGAUAGACAGGGAAACAGGCUCGGAGAAGCUCGAUCUCAGAGAGAUAUCAAAAGAUUUGAAGCGAAUCAGUCCCGAACGUUCAUACACUUUCUACUAUACACCCAUCAACGACUCUUCAUUCAGCUCUGCCGUCGUUAUUUCAGAAGUCGGCGCGCAAAAACUGACACCGAAAGACCAAAGUCAACGACCAGUAAAAGCAGGUCUUUUCAAACCCAAGAAUGACGAGAUCCUCAUGGUUGCUCCUUGGAAAAUAUGUAAAGAUAUUAUCCCCAAGGCACGGAAUACCAAGCCCCUCUUUAUCCCAAUGUACGCAGAUGCUGAGGAUUUCGCUAUGCUUAAUGCUUCAACUGCAAUACUAUGUAACCMGGAAUUAUUGGAUCUUCUGCUAUUUGAUGCUGGACAGUUGGAGGAUGUUAAGUUUGAUGUCAAAGAAAAUGAUACGAGAGGAUACCUUAACGCAUUUGUUGGUACUAGCGGCGGCUUUACUAAAGUACUUGCUCCAGGGCAAAAUAGUCCGGUUAACCGUGACGUCACCCAUGAGCCGUACUACCAGCGGGCAGCGGACUUCAGUGCAAGCCAAGUAGUUGUUUUAGCUCCAUACAUGGCACCAGGGGUUCAAAAUGAGCAGAAUGAUACAAUCAUCUUGACCGCGAGUUCUUCUGUUUACGUUGACAAAAAAGCGCUGGYAGCAGUGGUUGGAAUGCAAAUGAAAGACGAUGUGUUGAAAGAGGUUAUGUUAAAUAACUCGGAGUGCAAAACAACAAGUGAAGAAUGGAGUUGCUUUCUUAUCGAUGAGGAUGGCUAUGUCGUCGCUUCUUCAACAAAUGAUUCCAAAUCUGAGGUCGGUAAGCAUUUUGGUGUUGUACAUGGGCAAGUCAUGCAGAAGAUGAUUAAUAUAUCACUAUUUACUAAGUUUACCUUCAACGACACACAGUUCAAAUGCAGCAAGAGUCAAUCAGAAGGGACUUCUAGCGCCAUGAGGCUGAUUAAUCCUUUUCUUGCUGUGUCAAGCUACGUCACCUGGAUGACRCAGACACUUUUCUGGAGCCUUGUACAGUUCAAUAUUUUUAGCUUCUUCUCUGGAAAAUCACAAGCUGUGGCUGAAGAAGAAGCCUCUGAAAAGGACUUUUGUACAAUGAAUAUACCGUUCUUCAAAGCUAACCCCAAAAGUCAGUAUUUUACAGAAGGAUAUGCAUUAGAUACCACUAGUUGUUCAAAUGAUGACAGYUGUCUUUCACCAUUUAGCGUGGCUCCAGUCGACAAUACUAACCUUUUCUUGGUGACUGUCAAGAAUUGCGAAUGUAAAGGGAAAAAAUCCAUCAGAACUGAGCCURAGCAGGUCGAGUCAGUCCCUUUCAUUGCUCCUGCCGAGAGAUAUCGUAGAUUACCACAGUUGAAGUGCUAUGCAUCUAACGCAAACGAAACAACUGAAUGUGGAUCAGGAGCCACCUUAUCACCCAUGAAACUCUUGGUCUUAUUACUAAUACCCGCUUAUCUCUUUCUGGUUCACUGAUGUUCAAUUAUUCAUUGAAUGAAAGCUGUACGUCUUUCUUCGUCUUCAUGGACAUGAUUCGGCUAAUAGAUCAAUCAAUCGAUCCUUGGAUGUACGAGUUAUCAACCCAUCUUCACCAGACUACUGCGUACGGUAGAGAACAAAAUCCAAUAUGAAAUCACAUUCAUUAUCAUAUUCACCCAGAUGCUGGGUGUGGCACAAUCACGAAGAUUAAACCCUUUGGGCGUGUCGUUAACACAUCUGAUGCGCACACAAUACCUAUGGGUGUGGCACAACCACGAGGAUUGAAAAAUUUGGCAUUAACACGUGAUGCGCACACGAUGGCAAGAGGAGGCACUGACUUAUAUGGGCGUGGCACAACCACGAGGAUUGAACACUUAUGGCGUGGCGCACACGAUGGCAAUAGUAGUUACCUAUAGCACUAACUAAAAUGGUCCUAUGGGCGUGGCACAAUCACGAUGGUAAGGUGGAAAGUUAGGCGUGGUACAAAGAGAUCACAUGAUUAUUGGUGAAAAGCAUUUGGAAACAAAAUAAGCACAAGCUCCAAGUAAUAGAAGAUGCAAUGCACAGAUUUUCAUUACAAUUUCACGAUUAUUAUUUGAAAUUCUUUCAGCGAUUUUAUUAGAUGCAAAUGCAAGAUGCAGCAUUGAAUGACAGUUAACAUUAUUUUACGCAAAGAUAAUAUAAGAAUGAUUUAUCUUUUAAAAAAUCAAACAUUUUGAAAUUAAGGAGACACAGGUUGUUUGCUCGAAGUUUUUAAACUAAAUACCAGAUAUUGCAUCGUUGGACUGUUGAAUAUUGGAUGGUUCGAGUUUAGAAGGAGCGUCUAUAAAAUGUAUUUUGGGCAACGGAAUGAUGAUUGGCUUUGGAUUAAAGAAACCAGAUCAAGUAUUCCGUCUCCAAAUGAUCAACUGAUUUCUAAGCCUCAUCUAAUUUGUCAUAAGAGAAAAAUAUUCCUGCGCAUGCGCAUCAUGACAAUCAUUGAGUACUCAUGGUUUUAAUCGUGCGCGUGCGCAUUGCAUAGGUAUUACGUAUUUCUCCCACACGUUGUGAUGGGUUUAUCCUGUAUAAAAUUGUCCACACUAAGUAAUCACCAUUUUUCGGGUAAUCAUUUUAUAUACAAUAGGAAACAUAAAUACUAAGACAUAGAUUAUGAAACACAGGGCGUCCUAUAUAACAGAAAMACGACAUUCUUGCAGUCAGUGCUUCCAAAUCAUGCGUGAAAUCGUUCAGUGGACGCCAAUCAAAGUGUGCGCAUGGCAUUAUCAAACCAAGUUUUUAAUGGUACUAUACGUGGCUGUGGAAUGUCAUGGAAGCGCCUUUAUUGAGGUACAUAGAAACCCCACUUCCUCGCAAUGGCAAAUUGUACGAUUUCGCGCGCGUGAUUAUAUAACACUUUAUUAUAAUUACUAAUGCUAUCGAUGACUAACUUUUCUACUCUCAAAAUAUACCUCGCGCUUAAAGCACUUAACACUUUUAAAUCUCAGAGAUUUUAAACGUAGAAAUGCUAUAAAACUUAAUUGUGAAUAUUAGUCAGGAAGGUCUUUAAACCACGACGUUAUAUCAUGGUCUAUGAAACCGUUUAGCGAACCAUAUGAAAUUCGCUAGAUGACUUUGAACGUCGCUCAUUCUAAACUAYAUACUCUCUAUUUUCCAAAGYUCUGUAGUUGCUCUUUUGCUUAGRAAAAGGACCGGUAUUGCUUKCGCAGACUAGAUGCGCGCUGCCGUUAAAAAACAUUUAUCUAACGAAAGUCAAUUGUGUAAGCUAGCAGUCAUGCAUGCUAAAAAAAUCAAUAUACUUCUACUUCCGAAAAAAAAUCAUAUUUUAGAUAUAUUAUACUAUUAGUAGCUAGUUUUCCUAAACUUUAACUCUUGUAACUCAUUAACUUCCUCAAUAACGUACAUGAAAAAAUAGCUCGAUUCUGAUUGGCUGAGAACAGUGCUGUUAACCAAUAACACARCAGUAAAAAGUAAUUUGCACAGCAGUGUAUAUUAAAAAUUGUUUGUGAAUUUUU